AAGAUAUAGUUGAGCUCUGUUUGGUUUCGCCACUUUUCAUUCUUCUGAUUCUGAUGCUCCAAAUUGAGAAUGGCGUCUUCUCUCUCUACCUGUUUUCUCUGCAUACACUCUUUGAAAUCUCCAACACUAACCACAAAACCUCAUUGCUUUGCUCGUCUUCGAGUUCGAGUUGCAACUAAAGCUUCUCUUCACAACAACAGUGACAACACUGAUUCUGAUGAAACUCCGUCCCUCCAAUCCACCUCCCCUAAACAAGUUCAUAAUUCGUUUUCUUCUCUGCUUCCUCGUUUCAGAAAUGGUUGGCUAAAAUUUGAUGAACUUGGGAUGGAUAUACUGUCCAUUGCACUUCCUGCUGCUUUGGCUUUGGCGGCUGACCCACUCGCCUCAUUGAUUGACACAGCAUUCGUUGGCCACAUAGGGGCAGUUGAACUGGCGGCAGUUGGGGUUUCAGCUUCUGUGUUUAAUCUUGUCUCAAAAGUAUUCAAUGUUCCUUUACUUAAUAUUACUACAUCCUUUGUUGCGGAGGAGCAGGCACUAAUUAGUAAGGAGGAAGGUUACAGCCGAAGUGAUGAAAGUGAUUUUUCAAGCAAGUAUCAAAGCAAGAAGCUCCUUCCUUCAGUAUCAACUUCUCUAGCACUCGCUGCAACUCUUGGAAUUGCUGAAACUGUGGCACUUUCCCUUGGCUCUGGCAUUCUUAUGAAUAUCAUGGGUAUACCCGCUGAUUCUUCCAUGCGUGGACCUGCUGAGCAUUUUCUUACAUUGAGGGCCUUUGGUGCUCUUCCAAUUGUGAUUGCAUUAGCUGCACAAGGCACUUUUCGUGGAUAUUUGGAUACAAAGACGCCCCUAUAUGCUGUUGGUGCUGGCAACUUUCUUAAUAUCAUAUUGGAUCCGAUAUUAAUAUUUCUUUUUGGUCUUGGCAUUGGUGGUGCUGCAAUUGCCACUGUGAUCUCUGAAUACUUAACAGCUUUCAUUCUUCUAUGGAAAUUAAGUGGCAAAGUUCUGCUAAUCCCUUUUGAUUUUGAUGGAAGAAAAGUUUUCAGCUAUCUGAAAUCUGGUGGUCUUCUUAUUGGCAGGACUUUGGCUGUUUUUAUAACUAUCACACUGGCAACAUCUGUGGCAGCUAAGCAGGGCCCUAUAUCUAUGGCAGGUCAUCAAAUUUGCAUGCAAGUUUGGUUGUCUGUAUCUUUGCUCACUGAUGCUCUGGCGCUUGCUGGUCAGGCACUUCUUGCCAGUAGUUACUCCAAGGGAAAUUAUGAACAAGCACGCCUCAUUAUAUAUAGAGUGCUACAGAUUGGUUUAGGAGCAGGAAUCACUUUGUCUAUGAUCUUAUUCUUUGGGUUUGGAGCAUUUUCUAGUUUAUUUACCUCAGAUUCGGAAGUUCUGGAUGUUGCUCAGUCAGGUAUAUUGUUUGUUGCUGGAACUCAACCAGUGAAUGCUUUGGCAUUUGUUAUUGAUGGAAUUUAUUAUGGGGUAUCGGACUUUGGAUAUGCAGCUUACUCUACGGUGCUAGUUGGACUAGUUUCUUCAAUUUUCCUGCUUGUGGCUGCUCCAGUACUUGGACUUCCUGGAGUCUGGGCAGGACUGUUUAUCUUCAUGACUUUGCGUGUUCUAGCUGGAGUUUGGAGGUUUAGCAGCAGAAGUGGCCAAUGGGGUAUGAUCUGGUAUGAAGAUGGAACAAGAGACUGACUAACUUGCAUUCAAAGUCAUGUAUUCAGUAUUCAGAAGUUCCAGCUUUCACUUAUCAGGAGGUUGAAAGGCCAUUUUCAGGAUGCUCAGUACAUGAUUCUCAAGAGUUCUACUAUACGGACACUAACAGGCUUUGCACCCCCUCUAAUCCCUGCAAUUGAAGAGAAUCCAGUAGCAGUGCAGGAUUAUAGUAAAUCAUUAGAAUGUCAGAGUAAUUGCUGCAAAUCAGUUGUCAAAAUCUGGCUGGUGCAAGUAGAGAGAGUUUGAAUGGCCAAAAGAAGCACUGAGAGGGAGAAAAUUAUUGAAUGACCAAGCCUGCAGCAUAGAAGCCAAGUCUUUUGGCCUUGUGGCUUUUGUUGGUAAUUUGUAUUUAUUAGGAGAUUGUGCAAAGCUUUGUCUAUGUUUGGUGUGUAGUAUGUGUUCUUCUUUUGAUGAGUCCUGGUCAUUUUCAUUAUUAGUGUGACGAAAUUACCAAACUCCUUGAAGACUGGCAAUGUUAAUUUUAAAUUAGCCAUAUAGAAAAGAAGAAAGUCUUUUGAAAUGCAAUUGCGUUGUG